AUGUCGCAUCAGACGUUAGGGGCUUUAUUAGCACAUUAUGUGCUGACACGGGGUCUAGUUGAUAACAAGGAGCAGUAUAAGAGCAGCAUAUGGACAGAUAUAACAGUGCUACUCGCCGAAUUUGUGGAAUAUAUGGAAGAUGAGACCCUAGACGACCUUGCAGCUAAUUGUUUAAACAAGGGUUACACGCGUGAGGGCAACGCGACCGACUUCUUCGUAGCUAAAGUGGGCGAUAGAAUUAUAUGUACACUCAUGUCACGAGCAUUAUUUUUCAUGAAUGAAUGGCGAACGCUGUCCGGCGGUUCGACAAAUAACGACACUCAUAAUGCAGCGUUGAAGGAACAUAUAAGGUGCGCCAUCGUAAAUAUAUUUAUGUACAUUUUGCUGGAAUCUCCAUGCAAAAGUCGAAUGGGUGUAUAUUAUGCAUGGCAAACAAUGAAAGAGCUGGAGACAUAUUCGCCUGGAUUACUCACAAAGGGCACGUGCCGCCAGGGGGUGUUUACAGAUAUACAAAUCGAGGAAUUACAAAUGGGGACAAAGAUUAAGGCAUGGUUACAGAACAAUGGAACACUACAAGGCACAAUUGGCGGCAACGCAAUGAAAAGCACAUGCACGCAAAGGAUACACGAACUCGUAGGCGCAAAACGGGAUGCACAUGCCAUGGAUGCCAAAAUACCACUGAAGACACACGAGAGGGACGUUAUAAAGCAAUUAGGGCAACAGAUCAAGGUCUUGGUUCCGAAGGUGCAAAAAGAAGUAAUGAAAAAGGCGCGGGAACUCCAUACAUCCACGCAGCCUAUCGAAGACGAAGCCAGUAGCGAUGUCAAGGAUGACGCAAGUAAGGCAAGAGUAUCGAACUCUGUCACAAGCGGUACACCAGCACAAUCCGGCAACGUAGACGGCAAAGAAUCGUCCACAUCGGCCAUAUCAGGACCCGUAGGUACACAAGGACAGGGAUCUUCCACCACACCAGCACCAUCGGCCAAGGCAGCCGGCAGCGGAGCAGCAGCUGCCAAACCAGCACCAGCCAAGCCGAACAAGGACGGCAACGGAACAAACACCGCUGCCAAACCAGUAGCGCCGAAAGACUCGGUGGCAACAAAGGGGGUAACGGAGAAGACCGCAGAAGGGAAUUGUCCAUGGAUGAGCAUAGAGGACGAGAAGAGGAGGGAACUGUACGUCCUGGGUCCUCGUAGUAGUGCAGCACUGGAAAAAAUGAAGAGCAUGCUAGGGGCAUUUGCGGACUAUAUGGACAAGGACAAGUGGGACAUGGAAGCCGUGGGUGCCAAUUGUAAUAAUACAGGUUGGGAUGAUGUGGAUGACCAGUACAGGACCCAGCAGACAGUAGCGGACGUAAUACGGUGCAGAUUCAUGAGUGUAGCAUUAGGCUUCGCAAAUGGGUGGACAGCCACAAAGCAGGAUAGGCACGACACAGUGAAAAUGGAUCCGGAAGAACAGAAUACGCUGAGAUGUGAAGUAACAAAUGUAUUUGGACAUCUACUGAGACACAGAUAUUGUCCCGACCAGGAACACUGGCGAAGAGGUACAGAGUAUGCUUUUCAAACAUUCACGCAGAUGAAGACGACGCCACAAGGUGGAGCUCCAGGCAUUGAGGGUCCUGUUGUCGACGGACUGUGUACCAUGUGUGGGUAUGGACACAAUAGGAAGCAUAUAGAAGCAGUAGAUUUGGACAUAGUAACCUGGUUAAUGAACGAAGGGAAAAUAUUGGCAGGAAUGGAUAAAAUAGAAGAAGGGGCUGAAUGUAACACGAAGUGGAAGGAGUACACAGUUCACAAGAUGAACAAGCAUGGCACUGGAAAAGUGGACGAAACACAAAUUCCUGAAAUAAAGAAAGACGAGGAGAAACUAACGAAGGAGGCGGUGAAAACUAUUGAAAAGGUUACAAAGGUAGUGGAACAGAAAAUUCAAGAAAUAGCAGGUAAGCACACGAAUAGUAAGAAUGCGCAUAACAAGAACAUACGGCCGCUACGAAUAUACGGCAGGUCCUCAUGUAAACCAUACGAAUAG